CCCUUCGAAUCAGUUUAACGUUGCAACGGAUAGGAGGUCGAUGUUCAAGUGAGUACGCGUGUAAAACGAGUUUUAACGGUGAAUACAUUUGCGAUCUGAGCUAUCACUUAUAAUAAAAUAAAAUCAAUCAUUUAUUAAAGAUUAUUCCAAUGUUAACCUUCGCAAAUCUUCGCUUUUGGCGCACAUUCGUAAAUAUCGCGACAAUGCCAGAACUAAAGGUAGCGAUUAUCGGUCAGAGCUCGUUCGCAGCCGAAGUUUACAAAUUAUUAAGACAAAAUGGUCAUCAAAUUACCGGAAUCUUUACGAUACCUGAUAAAGGAAAUCGAGAGGAUCCAUUAGCAAUUGCUGCCAAGGCUGAUAACACACCUGUUUUUAAAAUAAAAUCCUGGAGAAAUAAAGGUGUAACUCUACCCGAAGUACUUAAGAUAUAUAAGAGUAUCGAUGUUGACCUAAACGUACUUCCUUUCUGCAGUCAGUUCAUACCAAUGGAAGUCAUCAAUCAUCCUCGUCAUCGUAGCAUAUGUUAUCAUCCAUCAUUAUUACCUAGACACCGAGGAGCGAGCUCUAUCAGUUGGACCCUGAUCGAAGGUGACGAGAGAGCAGGAUUUUCAGUAUUCUGGGCGGACGAUGGUCUGGACACAGGACCGAUAUUGCUUCAAAAAUCGUGCAAAGUUGAAUCAAACGAUACGUUGGAUACUUUGUAUAAUAAUUAUUUGUAUCCUGAAGGUAUCAAAGCUAUGGUCGAGGCUGUAGAUUUAGUAGCGAAAGGCACUGCCCCUGUGAUACCACAACCAACGGAAGGCGCGACCUACGAUCCCCUAUUAAAUAAAAAAGAACUUCAAAAGAUCGAUUGGUCAAAACCCGCGAAAGGAAUUCACGAUUUCAUUCGUGGCCUUGAUAGUACACCAGGUGCUUGGACUCUUAUUAACAAUGAAGAAGUACGUUUGUACGGUUCGACCCUCUGGAAUGGAACUUUACCAAAAGUUGAAAGUGAAGUCGACGUUGAUAAUCGAACGGGAAGUAUUCAUGAUGGUGGUCUUUUGAUCAAAACAGUCGAUGGUAAUUUUGUUAACAUCGAAAGGAUCAAGAUUGGUUCUAGGACCGUUCACGCUAGUAAAUAUGGUAAAAGUCAAGAAAACGAUACGGUGGAAUUGACCAAUGAAGAAUUAAAGAGUAAAGAUGUCAUACAGCGAAUUUGGCAAGACAUACUUAAAAUAGACAUCAAAGAUGAUACAGAUUUUUUCGCCUCUGGUGCUGGAAGUAUGGACGUCGUUAGAUUAGUCGAAGAGAUCAAAGAGAGUUUAGGGGUAGUUUUGCAAAAUAUCGACGUCUUUAUGGCGCCCAUUUUCACGCAAUUCGUAGGGAUUGUUAUUUUGGCCGCACGUGGUAAUGCGGCAGCCAAAGACAUCAAAUAUGAUGCUGUAGAAAUACGAGCUAACAACAUAGACUUGAAAUUCCCAAGGCAGCUCUUCAUAAAUGGAGAAUUUGUUAAUGGACAUGAUAAACCGAUCGAUACGAUUAAUCCACACGACGAGAGUAUUAUUUGUAGCGUAGAGAGUGCAUCGGUAGAAGAUAUUGAUCAUGCUGUGAAAGCUGCAAAGCAAGCUUUUGAGGAAGGUGAAUGGAGUAAGAUCAGUGCUAGGGAACGUGGAGCAUUAUUAUUUAAACUAGCUGAUUUGAUGGAAGAACAUAAAGAAGAAUUGGCAACCAUCGAAACAUUAGAUUCUGGUGCAGUAUACACCUUAGCCUUGAAGACACAUAUAGGCAUGUCCAUUGAAACUUGGAGAUAUUUUGCUGGUUGGUGUGAUAAGAUACAAGGCUCGACUAUUCCUAUAUCGCAUGCCAGACCAAAUAGAAAUCUAACGUUUACGCGAAAGGAACCGAUAGGUGUAUGUGGACUGGUAACGCCAUGGAACUAUCCUUUAAUGAUGCUUUCGUGGAAAAUGGCAGCUUGUUUGGCAGCUGGUAAUACGGUCGUGAUGAAACCAGCUCAAGCUUCACCGUUGACAGCGUUGAAAUUUGCCGAACUCAGCGCACUAGCUGGUAUUCCUCCUGGUGUCAUAAACAUCGUUCCAGGUAAUGGCACUGUGACUGGUAACGCAGUAGUCAAUCAUCCACUUAUCAGAAAGCUUGGUUUCACUGGUUCCACGGAAAUUGGCAAGACGAUUAUGAGAUCAUGUGCCGAAAGUAAUUUGAAGAAGGUCUCAUUAGAACUAGGUGGUAAAAGUCCUUUAGUUAUCUUCGAGGAUGCUGAUCUUCAACAGGCUGUGAAGAUAGGAAUGAGUAGUGUAUUUUUUAACAAGGGUGAAAAUUGUAUUGCCGCUGGCCGUAUUUUCGUCGAAGAAACUAUUCACGAUGAGUUUGUCAAAAAAAUAAUCGAAGAAACGAAAAAAAUUUCCGUAGGUAAUCCUUUAGAUCGAAGUACGGCUCACGGGCCACAAAAUCAUAAAAAUCAUCUUGAUAAGCUUUUGAAAUACGUCAAAUAUGGGAUCGAAGAAGGUGCUAAAUUGGUUUAUGGUGGUAAACGUAUAGAUCGUCCGGGAUGGUAUUUCGAACCGACGGUUUUUACCAAUGUUGAAGAUCAUAUGUACAUAGCCAAGGAAGAAUCUUUUGGUCCAGUCAUGGUGAUCUCAAAAUUUAAUUCUAAGAAUAUGGAUGACAUUAUAAGAAGGGCGAACAAUACCGAAUAUGGUUUAGCAUCUGGAGUACUUACUAAAGAUAUUGCUAGAGCCUUGAGAUUUGCAGAAAAGAUCGAAGCUGGUACUGUAUUCAUAAAUACAUAUAAUAAAACAGACGUGGCAGCACCCUUCGGUGGUUUUAAAAUGUCAGGAUUUGGAAAGGAUCUUGGGCAGGAAGCACUCAACGAAUAUCUUAAAACUAAAACCGUAACGAUUGAGUAUUAGAUUCUAAAUUAAUUCAUCAUAUAAAUUGACGUGUAAGCAUUAUUUUAAUUUUCUUUUUAUCGACUCGUCUAUCGUGUUCAACUUUGACAAAACGAUAUUUAGGGUUAAAGCGAUAUGAUAAUUCACGUUAAAAGAACACCGCGUAGAUGAAAAAUGAUCUACACGAGGGAUCUCGCUCCCACGCAUAUGUGAUAUAUAAACAGUUUUUGCUCUGACCCUAGCGCAGCCUCUGUCGAAAUCCCAGAUGCUUCAACGUCGUUUUUUCGUUUGAAGAUAAGUGUGCUUCAUCUUCGUUAUAAUACUCCAUGCAUUAUAUCGUCUUCGAAUCGGAUAUUCUUUUAUUUUGCCUGUCUUUUAUCGUUCAUCUUUAUUUUUGUAAUUUAUCUUUGUUAACAAAUCGUUGAUAAAAAAUAAUAGAUAAUAACAAUUUACCCUUAAUAUUUCUUCUAAAAAAUAAAAUAGACGAAGUAUUAUUAUUAAAAUUUAAUGAAUUUUUAUACUUUGCAGAUUGAUUAAAAAAUGAGAAACAUUAAAUUCACUUUAAUGGAACUAGAAACUUUGAUUCAUAAUUAAUUAA